UUUAACAGUUAUAUACUUUCUACUAUUGUUUCAUAUUGUUCCAAAACUUCAGCUAAAUAAAUUUGUAUUUUAUAAAAAAAAAAAAACAUAAGAAAUGCCUUUAAAAGAGGAAAAGGAGAAUAAUACUCCUAGGGAUUAUCUACGUAUCUUUUGCUUUGUGAUUGCAGCCUUGGAAUUAGUUCAUUCACUAACUUAUGCCUUUAAUGCCAUUUAUGAGUUGUCGUUGCAUCAAAAUACCUACAACAUAAUAGCUUAUCUAGGCGCUGUGGUUUAUGUUCUAACUGUUAAGGCUCUCGUUGUGGGCCUUUGGAAGUGCAUUCCUAAACUUUUGAUAUUUUGGUUAAUAUUCGCUAGCCUUGCCACUGGCACCAGCAUUGUCUUACUUAUUUGGAAUUUGCUGACUUUACCCGUUUUUGACCCGGAACAUUUUAUACAAUGGGGUGUUGUAUACCUAUUGAUUUGUUAUCAGUGUGCUUGCAUCUACUUGGUAUUUCGUUAUUUUAGAAAGUUGUGUCCUUAUAGUCUUCUGGAAGGUGGAAACUUUGGUUGCCGAGAAAAGGAUAUAGAAAAAAACCAAUCAGAAAGUGAAGAUGAUUUCGAAUAUAUAGACGAAUACCCAGAAGAAUACAAAGACGAAUACAAAAACGAAAACAAAAACGAAAACAAAAACGAAUACAAAAAUGAAUACAAAAAUGAAUACAAGGACAAAGACAAAAAUGAAUACAAAAACGAAUACAAGGACAAAGCCAAGGAUGAAGAAUUUAAAAAGUACGAAGAGCGUGAAAAAGAAUCCAUUCGAAAGUCCUCAGAAGGAGGUAAAAAGGAAGAAAAGCGUGUACGCCUUUCCGUGAGGAAAUAAAAUCUAAUCGAGAUUAUCUAACCUUUCAUUAUAUUGAAAUUUCAUAAAUAUCCUUGUCCCUUAUAAAAAUAAUACAAAAAAAACAAUAAAACACUAAAUUAAGUGUGAGAAUUUCAA